GGGCAAUUCCCUGCAACCAUGUCUACUAUCCCAACAACUGAAAUCAUCAUCCUCGACACUUCAGAGGAGUUUCGAAAGGAUGUCGUCUCAAUUAUAAGCCCUGCAUUCGACUUAGUUUCAAAGGUUGAUGGUUUCCAGGCGCCCGUUUACACUGGGAUACAGAUCGAGAACCCAACUACAGGAUAUAUCAUCCUCAACUGGGAAAGCAUGGCGCACCAUCAGGCGUUAAUGGAUUCCCCCUCGUACGGUUCUGUGCUUGAAGCUCUGAAACCCGCCUUUGGGGGCCCGUUCAAGAACUAUCAUGUCAUUUUCAACGAGCAUCCCAUCGCAUUACAACAGCCUGUCACACAUGUCCUCCUCCUCACGCUCAAAGAUCCCAGCCAUCGGGCAGAGGUAUUCGACAUCCUCAGUAAUAUAACGGUCUUAAGCAAGAAGAUGCUCGUGUUCGGGCCUACACUGGAGAACGAGAAUCAGAUUGUUCUUGUCGGCGGCUGGGCAAGCGUUGAGGUAGACGUUGAUAUUAUCAUGAUUUUGCACGUACUGAUGCUGUUGUGGACCUCUAGGCUCACUUGGAGAGGGUUGCCACUGAGCCGAAAGCGGUGGUCGAACGGCUAUUCGCUCUUGCUACCAAGGACCAUUCGUUCCAUGUUACUUUGAAGUCAUAUGCAGGAAACUAGCGGUCGGCAGGUGCGGUUAAUUAAGGUCGAAAUCAAUGCAUGUAACCUACAUUAUGAGCUCCUGUAUCGCAAAGUCCACAUGAUGGAGAGGAAUGUGAGGUAUCGAAGGCACGCCCUGGCUAUUUAUCGGUCGGGGUUGCCAGGAAUAAACUUCUGAUCCGCUGUUCUGACGCAA